ACCGCAUGCUGUAGCUCAGCUUCAUGGAACAAGAACAAGGGUGGAUCAUCAUCUACUGACUGUACCCCACUGUAGCUGCUGCUGUCACUUUGAUCGCUGAACUGUAUUUCUGUUCUUCCUAUUACAUACUGCACUCUACACCACUCGGUUAGCUAGUGAAGAUGUCAGUUGUCGGAUUUGACGUCGGGUUCAUGAAUUGCUAUGUAGCGGUAGCCAGAGCCGGAGGGAUUGAAACUGUCGCUAACGAAUACAGCGAUCGAUGUACACCAGCAUGUGUUUCUUUUGGACCCCGGAAUCGAUCCAUUGGCGCAGCUGCAAAAAGUCAGGUCGUCACAAAUAGCAAAAACACAGUCCAGGGGUUCAAGAGGUUUCAUGGCCGUGCGUUUUCAGACCCAUAUGUGCAGAAACUUAAAAACAGUUUGGUCUAUGAUAUUGCACAAAUGCCUUCAGGAACAGCUGGCAUUAAGGUGAUGUACAUGGAGGAGGAGAAGGUGUUCAGCAUUGAGCAGGUCACUGCCAUGCUGCUGACCAAGCUGAAGGAGACGGCCGAGAAUGCACUAAAAAAGCCUGUGGCUGACUGUGUCAUAUCUGUCCCUUGCUACUACACUGAUGCUGAGAGGAGAUCAGUAGUGGAUGCUGCUCAGAUUUCUGGACUCAACUGCCUGAGGCUCAUGAAUGAGACAACGGCAGUUGCAUUGGCUUAUGGGAUCUAUAAACAGGAUCUCCCUGCUCCUGAGGAAAAGGCCAGGAAUGUAGUGUUUGUGGAUCUGGGCCAUUCUGGAUACCAGACAUCAGUGUGUGCCUUCAACAAGGGCAAACUCAAGGUCCUUGCUACAGCUUGUGACCCAGAGUUGGGAGGAAAGGACUUCGACGAGGUACUGGUCAAUUAUUUCUGUGAAGAUUUUGGCAAAAAGUACAAGCUGGAUGUCAAGUCAAAGCCCAGGGCUCUGGUCAGGCUCUACCAGGAGUGUGAGAAAUUAAAAAAACUGAUGAGCGCCAACUCCUCAGACUUGCCACUCAACAUCGAGUGCUUCAUGAAUGACAUUGAUGUAUCUGGAAAACUGAACAGGGGUCAGUUUGAGGAGAUGUGUGGUGACAUUCUGACCCGAGUUGAGCCUCCGCUGCAGAGCCUGCUGGAGAGUACAAAACUGAAAAAGGACGACAUCUAUGCAGUAGAGAUAGUGGGUGGAGCUUCCAGGAUCCCAGCAAUUAAGGAGAGAAUCAGCAAAUUCUUUGGGAAGGAGCUGAGCACCACACUGAAUGCUGAUGAAGCUGUGGCCAGAGGAUGUGCCCUGCAGUGUGCAAUCUUGUCACCUGCCUUCAAAGUUCGGGAAUUCUCCAUCACAGAUGUUGUUCCCUAUCCCGUCUCCUUGAAGUGGCACUCUGCUGUCGAGGAAGGUGUCAGUGAUUGUGAGGUCUUUCCUAAGAACCAUGCAGCACCUUUUUCCAAAGUCUUGACCUUUUACCGGAAAGAGCCUUUCUCUUUGGAAGCGUACUACAAUUGCCCUAACGAGCUGCCCUACCCUGACCCCAUUAUUGGUCAGUUUCUGAUCCAGAAAGUUGUUCCACAGGCAUCUGGUGAAAGCUCCAAGGUGAAAGUCAAGGUGCGGGUGAACAUUCAUGGCAUCUUUAGUGUGUCCAGUGCCUCCCUGGUCGAAGUGCAGAAGUCGGAUGAGACAGAGGAACCCAUGGAAACUGAACAGGCCACUGAAAAAGAUGCAGAGAGCAAAAUGCAGACUGAUCAGGACGAAGCACAGGCUCAGGGAGAAGGUCAGAAAGAAACAGAAGAGAAGACACCACGUGAAAAUGAAGAGAUGGAGACAACAACAGAGGAGAACAAAGGCGAGAAGAAGUCUGACCAGCCCCCGCAGGCUAAAAAACCCAAAGUCAAAACAAAGGUGUUGGAGCUUCCAAUUGAAAACAGCCCGCAGUGGCAGCUAGCAGAUGACAUGCUCAACCUUUUCGUAGAAAGUGAGGGCAAGAUGAUCAUGCAGGACAAGCUGGAAAAGGAGAGGAAUGAUGCCAAGAAUAAUGUAGAGGAGUAUGUGUAUGAGAUGAGGGACAAGCUACAUGGAAUGCUGGAGAAGUUUGUCAGUGAAUCUGACCGUGAUGCUUUGUCAUUAAAACUGGAGGACACUGAAAACUGGUUGUAUGAAGAUGGAGAGGAUCAACCCAAACAGGUGUACAUUGACAAACUGGCAGAUUUGAAGAAACUGGGCCAGCCUAUCCAGGAGAGGUAUGCAGAGGCUGAAGAGAGACCCAAAGCUUUUGAGGAGUUGGGGAAACAAAUUCAGCAGUACAUGAAAUUUAUUGAAGCAUACAAAAUGAAGGAGGAACAGUACGAUCAUUUAGAUGAGGCAGACGUCACCAAAGUGGACAAACUGACCAACGACACCAUGAUCUGGAUGAACAGCACCAUGAACCAGCAGAGCAAACAGAGCUUGACGGUGGAUCCUCCUGUCAAAGUCAAAGAGAUUAGAGCAAAAACAAGGGAGCUGUUCUCCAGCUGUAACCCUAUUGUGACCAAGCCCAAACCCAAGGUGGAGCUUCCCAAAGAGGAGACGCCUGCCGAGCAGAACGGGCCUGUCAACGGGCAGGACAAACCCCAGGAGGAACCCGCAGACAAGGGAACGGGCGAGAGCACAGGCAACCCCACCUCAGAAACCACAGAAAGCAAGCCUGACAUGGACCUUGAUUAAAGCGGCGUUAACCGCCUCCCUUAGCGAAGCUGAACAGGAGCUGGUUGCCUCAGAUUAGGAAGAAGCUUGGUGUAUAUCGGAGCAGGUGAAGGGUUUCAGGAACUGCAUUCCACAGUCAAAAGCAGGCAGGGUGAUUGGCACACUGAGCCCAGCUCCUCAUGGUGUCUCUGUCUGAUGACAUAGCAUGCCCUCUCUCUUUCUGGAUGACAUAAAUCAAAAACCAGCUGCAAUAAGCCUGUUUGACGAUGAGCGCUGUACACAUGAUGGUAUUUAUUUCUGUUGUGUGCUCUGUAAGUGUUCUGGUCUGUGUCACAAUAUGGUUUUAAUAAAGUUACUGGAAAUCCUGA